UUUGACAUCCGAAACGGCUGGGUUGCUGUCGCCGGCCGCCGGCGAUGUCGACGGCUGCAGCCACCGCCGCACUGACCUCCUCCAACUUCGCGCGGCGGCCUCGCGCCCCGCGGGGCGGCAGGCGGACGGUGCGGCCGCGCGGGUGCGCGUUCCACCCGGAGGUGGCCCGGGCGGUGGAGUCGCUGCAGGCGGAGUUCCGGGAGGUGGACCGCGCCCUCGCCCUCAACUCCUCCCGCGUCUCCGCCGCCUUCCGCGCCGCCCGUGUCGCCCCCCACCACUUCGGUGGGUCGACGGGGUACGGCCACGACGACGCCGGCGGCCGGGAGGCGCUCGACUCCAUCUUCGCCCACGUCGUCGGCGCCGAGGCCGCCAUUGUGCGACCACAGUUCUUCUCCGGCACGCACGCAAUCGCCUGCGCUCUGUUCGCGCUCCUGCGGCCUGGACACGAGCUCUUGGCGGUCGCCGGGCCUCCCUACGACACCUUGGAGGAGGUCAUUGGGAUCAGGGGUUCGGCCAAUGUAGGAUCGCUCAAGGACUUUGGAGUGACCUACCGACAAGUUCCGCUUGCUGCAGAUGGAGGCCUUGACUGGGAUGCGCUUGCAAAUGCCGUCAGACCGGAGACCGGGUGCGCGCUCAUACAGAGGUCCUGCGGCUAUUCAUGGCGCAAGAGCCUAGGCGUAGCUGAUAUUCGUAAAGCCAUCGAUUUGAUCAAGCUGCAAAAUCCAAAUUGCAAGGUCAUGGUUGACAACUGCUACGGCGAAUUCGUUGAGACAUCAGAGCCUCCAAUGGUGGGAGCAGAUCUUAUUGCUGGUAGCUUGAUCAAAAACCCUGGUGGUACCAUCACGCCUUGUGGUGGCUAUGUUGCUGGGAAGAAAGAUUUGGUUGCAGCAGCUGCAGCUCGCCUAUCCGCGCCUGGCCUUGGGGUGGAGUUUGGGUCAGCACCUGGCCAUGUCAUGCGAGCAAUGUUUCAGGGCUUGUUUCUUGCUCCACAAAUGGUUGGAGAGGCAGUAAAAGGGGGUUUGCUAAUUGCCGAGGUCAUGUCAGCCAAGGGCUAUAGAGUUCAGCCACUUCCAAGGGCACCACGCCAUGAUAUUGUACAGGCAGUAGAGCUUGGCAACAGGGAGAGACUCGUAGCAUUCUGUGAAGUUGUUCAACAAACUUGCCCAGUAGGAUCCUUUAUUAAGCCAACUGCUGGGGAAACUCCGGGUUAUGCUUCAGAGGUUAUUUUUGCUGACGGGACAUUCAUGGAUGGAAGCACAAGUGAGCUAUCAUGUGACGGCCCCUUAAGAGAUCCAUACGCUGUAUUCUGUCAAGGAGGAACGCAUUGGACACAGUGGGCUCUUGUCCUCGGUGAAGUUCUCAAGGUCAUAUAGCUGUUUGUUACCAGAACUAUGUCCCAUUUCUUGAAUGGAGGUUAUAUAUAGCCAUUUUCUUGAAUGGAGAUCUAGAACUAUAAUUGACUAGUGAAGUAGUGAGUACUUAAUCAUCAGGUAAUCUUCACAUUUGCUUCUCAUUGAUGCUGCCAGAUCUGACACGGUGCUGACUAACAAAUGGAAUUCUUUACUUAAUGCAAGAGUCAUCAUGGUCACAAAAUUCUUUUUGUUGAACCUAUCGGUGAUUUAAGGCAACAGGUUUCAAGGCUGUGAAGAAUUCAGCAGGCUGCAUUGUGCAACGUCGAUUGAUUGCCAGAGUAAGUUGAAGCCGGAGCAUCAUUGAUAUUGGAUAGCUUAUGCGAUCGACUCGGCAGUUGAUUAGGAUGCCACACCCUAAACUGUAGUGGGUUAGUUAGAAAUGCUUUGGAAGUGAUGUACCAUGCACUACCAGUUGUAUGGGUUUGCCAAUUCAUUCAACAACAGAUAGAUGACCGCCA